AUGAAGUAGCGUCAUCCCUGACUAGGACUUGACAACCAAAAUUCGAUAUGAUGACGUAAUCACAGGAUGCUCCAGGCUUCAUUAAGCACCUUAAGCCUUGUGCCACCGCGCACAGCAUACAGUGCUCCUUCGUUGAUAUUUCUUCUCCAUUCAAACUACGAUGAACGCUCAGUCGAACAACAACCCGUACACGAUUGUGCGCAUCAAGCGUAAACGUACCGAUGAACCACUCGACGUGCUUGUCGUCGAGUCUCGGGUACGCAGAAAGAAGUCAAAAGGUGGUCGCGAUGUUUUCCAGUUUGUUCAAACUGUCGAAGAGACCGUCUGGGAGGAUAAGCAACUGCAGGUGACGCUGCAGAACCAAAUCUCGAAAUUAUCGCAAAACCAUCAUGAAAAUAAUAUGCAGCCCUCAGCGCCUGCGGAUGUUACGAAUCUGCCUGGGGCACAACGCAGUCGGCAAUCAGCUGAUGAGGGGAGACGCUACACGAUCGUUCCUACACGCGAGUCUGCUGAAAACACCAAGUUUGCUACCAGUCCUCCAAAGGUCAUAUCUGUGAAGGACGUUCAAUCUCCAAGUGACUUCAGGAUGUAUGAUGCCGUUCCUGCUGAUCAGAAGCCUACGUCUCCUAUCUUCGAUUCCGAAAUGGAGAAAUUCCUACCCAUGCUGCAAAACUACUUACGCAUGAAUGAUGAGCCCUCGCAAGUUCUCUCAGCUGCUCCCCCAGCAGAGGAUUAUGUUUGGGACGUGUUCUACAGGCGUCCUGGCACACUCAGCGAAUGGAACUCAGUUGCUAAUAUCGGAACACUUGAAGGCCUUCCUCCGUCACUGGAUGACCCUUACUCCAGUGACUCGGAGUCCGAGGAGGAGGAUGAAGCCGACGAAGAUUCAAAUGCCGAGGAAUACUACAAGAACGACUAUCCAGAUGAGGAUGAUUCAAACGACAGCGAAGGGAGCGAUAUAUUUCAUGAAAGUUCUGAGGCAGAAGACGAUCUUCGGUAUAACAAUCUGAAUGAUGAAGACAACUAUUGGAGGUAAGGAAUUCGGUCAUAGAGCAUGGUUCUAGAAUUUGCAUUUCAUGGCUUAUGGACACACGACUCACACCUUGUACUACCAACUUUUUUCUACAUCUAUACAUCUCCCUUGCUUCGCGACUUACAACGGCAUUCGCUCUUAGUUUCUUCUUAGAUUCCUCAGCAUCAUCAUCUUCACAUCGCCGAAUCAUGAACUUUCGCCGUCUUUGAGUUCAAACUAUCAUUUGCAUUAAAUCAAUCGGAGCAAGCGCAUAUAG